AUGGACUCCGUACAAACAGCGAGUGAUCAAAUCAAGGCUGAAGAUGGCCGACGCGAAAGCUUCAGCUCCCAGAACUCGCAGACCGCAAGGCAGUUUAUUGACUCCCAGCUUCAACUAGAGGCCGAUGCGCGCGAGGCUCUGCCUUAUUCCUUCGAUUCCUGCACAUAUGCCCUUGGGCCGUUACGACAGAUCCUCUUCGCUUGCCUCACUUGCAACCCUCCUCCUGCCAAUCCCGACGAACCCUACGAUGCCGCUGCUGUCUGCUACUCAUGCUCGAUCUCCUGCCACGGUGAACACAACCUAGUCGAACUCUUCAACAAGCGCAAUUUUGUCUGCGACUGCGGCACCACUCGCCUGCCUUCUUCUUCCACUUGCACGCUACGUGAAGAUCCUAAGACUGGAAAGAAAGGUGUUCACUCUCAAGAGGCUGCUGCGGGCAACUCUUAUAACCACAAUUUCCGCAACCAAUUCUGCGGCUGUGGCGAACAGUAUGAUGCUCACCAAGAGAAGGGAAUCAUGUUCCAGUGCCUGGGGAUUGGCACCGUCGAGACGGGAGGCUGUGGUGAGGACUGGUGGCACCCAGAGUGUCUGAUCGGUUUAUCGCGCGAUUGGCAUAAGGCUGCACCCAAGGUCACAGUCGGUGGUGGUGACGCUACCGGGGAUGCUCAGGACGAGGAAGAAACUCCGCUUCCACCUGGAUUCCCCACUGAGGAUGACUUCCAUCAUUUGAUCUGCUUCAAGUGCGUUGACUCAAAUCCCUGGAUCAAGCCAUAUGCUGGAACGCGUGGUUUCUUGCCGCCGGUUUUCAAGGAAGGUGGAUUGAAGGACACAAAGGUGGUAGCAAAUGACUCCGCUUCCAUCAACGAGCCCAAGGAAACCAAGUCCGACGAAACUGAGUCGAAAAAAAUCCAGCCCAAAGAAACAGGGCCCAAGGAGCCAGCGCAGACGUCCUCAAAGAAGCGCAAGGCGGAUGGCGAGGAUCAUCUUGAGGAAGAUCACACUACGAAGCGGACCAAGGAAGAACCGGUGUCCACGGAAGAAGAAAAACCUGAACUCGCAUCCAUCAAAGAAAGAUCAGUCAAGAAAGAGGAAGAUACCAAGACUCCUCGGGUUCCCUCUGUCCCCAAACACACCACCCUCCCGGAAACCACGCCAACCGAGUCAUUCUCCCUCUUCGCCCUGGAAGAUUUCCACGACCAACUUUGCCGUUGCGCAGAAUGCUUCCCCCACCUCGCACCUCACCCUCAACUCCGCGAAGAAGAAGAUACCUACGAGCCCCCUCUUUCAGACGACGGCGAAGCCAACGGUGCCGCCAGCACCGGCACAGGCAGUAUUCUCGAGCGCGGCGAGGCAGCCUUCAACAACAUUGACCGUGUGCGCGCUAUCGAGGGUGCAAUGGCGUACAACCACCUCCGCGACAAUCUGAAGGAGUUCCUGAGGCCGUUCGCUGAGAGUGGGCAGGCAGUUAGUGCUGAUGAUAUCAAGAGUCACUUUGAGAAGCUGCGUGGUGAUGAUCAGGGGAUUCGAGAUGCUGCUGGUCAUGCCUCUGCUGUUGGUGGUGGUGGUGAGGAUAAUGGUACUGAUGGAGAUGGUCGACGCGAGCAGAAUGGAUAUUGA